AUGGAGCCCUGCAAGAAUGCCUCAUCUUUCAACAUCCUCACCUACAACGUGGCUGGCCUCCCAGGGAUCAUCAACAGCAACGGCAUUGAGGACAAGAAGCUCGCCGCGUCCUUUAUCGGCCAGCAUAUGCGUGAGGAGGCAUACGAUGUUAUCCACCUCCAAGAGGACUUUGAUUUUCACGAUGUCAUCGCUAUCAACGACAACCACACUUACCUAACCUUUUCUUCUGGCGAUGUCAUAGACGGCGAUGGUCUCAAUACGUUUUCUUGGUACAACAGUUCCCUCUUCGAUCGCUACACCUGGAAGGAGUGUGCUACCAACGGCGGCGACUGCUUUACUCCCAAGGGUUUCACAUACAUGACAUCUCAUAUUGACGGUCUGGAGGUUGAUCUCUACAACCUCCACGCGGACGCUGGAAAUGAGUGGACCGAUCGAUGGGCUCGCUCCGAGGGAAUUAACCAGGUUCUUCGCCACAUCAAGAAGCACAACAAGGGCCGACCCGUCAUUCUUGCCGGUGACUUCAACGACGUGUGGACACAUCCCAAGCGCACCAUCAAUAGGCUGACAGAUGCCGGCUUCACCGAUGCCUGGGUCAAGCUCCACCACAACGGCACCAUUCCCGAGAACAACGGGAAGAGCAACGGCUGCGACCACCCACCUCAGAACAACUCAUGCGAGGUUGUGGACAAGGUUUUCUAUCGAUCUGGAACGUUUGUGACUUUGGACGCCGUCAAGUUCGACUACAAGUCUGACAUCUUUGUCGCGGGGAACAACUCACCCUUGUCGGACCAUGAACCCGUCCUUGUUGAUUUCGUCUGGUCCCGUAAGCCGUUUAAUGGUACUAAGGGGGUUAAGGAGCCCAAGAUGCCCGAGGAGUCUGACGAUUCUGACGAUCCUGAGGAAAGUGAGAAAGCCAAGAAGCACAAGAAGCACAAGGGGGCGAUGAAGAAGCCUAAUGAGGCGAAGAAGCCUCAGAAGACAGAAAAGAAGGAGAAAAAGGAGAAGACCAAGGCUGAAAAGCCCUAG